AUGGAGGAGUUAGUAAUGGGUAUUGAGGCAGUGCAGCUCUCGGUCGAGAAUGAUGAACUAGAGCAGGGGCAGGGUACGGACAUGAGGCAGGGGAGUCCGAAUGUCGUAGGCGAAUCGGAGGAGGUGCAGAGAGCGGAACGUGAGAAUAGGGUGGUGUAUCAGAGGCGGGAGGCAAGAACAAAGACGAAGUAUGAUCAGGGGCGGGAAGCACGCGAGGGGGAAGAGGCGAAUCAGAGGGUGGAACAGAAGCGGGUGAGACUCGAGGACCAGGAGCGAGAGGUGAGUUCGAUGGAGGGGGAGAGGGAGAGGGAGGAAGAAAAUGUGAGGGAGAAAGAGAGGAAGGUCGAGCGCGAAAAGGAGGACUUGCGGCAGAGGGAAGAAGACGAGAGGAAGAGCGAGGAGGCGAGGAAGGUGGAGCGCGAAAAGGAGGAAAAGCGGCAGAGGGAGGAGGAAGAGCGGAAGAGGGAGGAGAAAAAGGCUGAGCGCGAACAGGAGGAAAAGCGGCAGCUGGUGGAGGAAGAGCGGAAGAGGGAGGAGGAGAAAAAGGCUGAGCGCGAACAGGAGGAAAAGCGGCAGAGGGAGGAGGAAGAGCGGAAGAGGGAGGAGGAAAAGGCUGAGCGCGAACGGGAGGAAAAGCGGCAGAGGGAGGUGGAAGAGCGGAAGAGGGAGGAGAAAAAGGCUGAGCCCGAACAGGAGGAAAAGCGGCAGAGGGAGGAGGAAGAGCGGAAGAGGGAGGAGGAGAAAAAGGCUGAGCACGAACAGGAGGAAAAGCGGCAGAGGGAGGUGGAAGAGCGGAAGAAGGAGGAGGAGAAAAAGGCUGAGCGCGAACGGGAGGAAACGCGGCAGAGGGAGGUGGAAGAGCGGAAGAGGGAGGAGAAAAAGGCUGAGCGCGAACAGGAGGAAAAGCGGCAGAGGGAGGAGGAAGAGCGGAAGAGGGAGGAGGAGAAAAGGGCUGAGCGCGAACUGGAGGAAAAGCGGCAGAGGGAGGAGGAAGAGCGGAAGAGGGAGGAGGAGAAAAAGGCUGAGCGCGAACGGGAGGAAAAGCGGCAGAGGGAGGUGAAAGAGCGGAAGAGGGAGGAAGAGAAGGCUGAGCGCGAAAAGGAGGAGAAAUGGCAGGAGGAUGAGCGGAAGAGGGAGGAAGAGACCAAGCUGGAGCAUGAAAAGGAGGAGAAACGGCAGAGGGAGGAUGAAGAACGGAAGAGGGAGGAGAAGGCAGAGCACGAACAGGAGGAGAAGCGGCAGAGGGAGGAGGAAGAGCGACAUAGGGAGGAGAAGGCUGAGCGCGAAGAGGAGGAGAAACGGCAGAGGGAGGAUGAGCGGAAGAGGGAGGAUGAGCGGAAGAGGGAGGAAGCGACGAAGAUGGAGCGCGAAAAGGAGGAGAAGCGGCAGAGGGAGGAUGAAGAACGGAAGAGGGAAGACAAAGCAGAGCGCGAAUAG